GGGAGAUGCGGCGGCUGCAGGCAAAAAGGUUCCAGGCAGCUUUUCCCAGGCAGAGGGGAGAGAGGCGAUGGCAGCAAGCGGGAGGAGCGGACUCGUCGGGAGGGAGAAGAAAGCGGAGGCCUCGUCGCUCCCGCCUCUGGGCGAACGGAGGCUCCCCUGCCCUUGCGGGAUGGGGCGGGAGUCGCAGCUUGAGGAGCAGAGGUCGGCAGACGAGGACACGGAGUGGCCAGGAGAGCGCGGCACAAAAGGGCACACGGGUUGGCAACCCGGGCUGGGGAGCGGGACCGGCGACCGGGGUUGGGGGCUCGGUGGCUGGGGUCGUGGAGGCAGGUCGCCGGGGUGGGGCGGGGAUGCUGGAGGUGGGAGCCAGGCCGAGAGGGGGCGGGGCAGGCAGCCCUCGCCCUCUUCACCCGCCGGGGCUCCGAGGAGCUCGGCCCGCAGGCAGGACCCGGCGCCAGGCGCGGGCCCCGUGCGCUGUGCGUGUGGCGUUAAUGCGUGCGCGUGCGAGCGUUUCUGCUUCCCUGGCCCCCGGGCGAGGUGUGUAGAGGAGGGUGUCCCGGUGGGGUGCGAGCUGAAUAGUGGGAGGGAGGUGGCGGGCCCAGAAAUCGCCUCGCCCGCCCUCCGCUAAGACUACAUAGCAACACCCUAAGCUACCCGCGCACCCCAUCUCCCUUUCUGACAGUGAGAAAACCUGCAAAGAAACCCCAUGCAAAUAGCCUCCGGGAUUCCUGGCGGGUCCCGCGGGCCUGCAGCGCCUCCCAGAGGCCGUCUGGGGAAACGCCUAGGCUGUGACGUCACAGGCAGAGGCGGGGCGCGCCUCCCACCCCCACCCCCACCCCGCCCCUAGUCCCGCGUCUCCACACCGCGGCCGUGGCUUCCCCUUUCUCAGGCCCCUGCCUAGAGAUCUCCAGCUUCCUGCAAGCGUAGGGGCUCCAGGGGGCGGAGGAAGGUCCCAUGAGCCAUCCCCACUGUCCACAACAAUCACUUUCACCUUCCUCAGCCAGAAUCGCUUAGGGGCCAUGACCCAUAGCUUCACCCCUGCACCCUCUCCAUCCACCACCUGCAGACCUUUGGGAGACGUCCAAGUACCCGCUACCCGCCCUCCUCCGCAGCCCCUUCCAGCCUGGACUUCAUCUUGACCCUGGCGCCUGCCCCACCUCCAGUUGAGAGAGGUGGUAAGGACUUCUCCCACGCUUGAGGGUCUCCUCGGCCAGGCCCCGGGACCCCUCCCCAGACCCUGCCUAUGGGCACUGCCCACUGUCCACAGAUUAGCACCUUAGCACCAAGACUGUGGGGUCCCCUGCCCUGGGCCUGGAACGAACAUUUCCCACCCCACAGGGCCUCCAUCUGGACCACCUCCAAGGUCCUUCUCCGGUCCCUGGAACCCUGUUCACUCCUGGUCAGGGGUCUUCCCCAAGAGCUCCUUCCCCCAUUUCCUCAUCCUGAGUCCCUCCAACCUCAUUCCAUGGGGGUCAAUCUUAGCUCACCAGUCCCCUCUCCUUGGACCCCUUUCUGUCCUAUAGCCAGGCACACAUAUAUCACACCCCACACAGGAAUCACCUGCCCGAUCACCCAGUUAAAGGUCUUCACAUUCUUGGGGGCCCUGGAACCUGUUAUUCUACCAAAACCUUGAAGGAAAAUCCAAAAGUAGCAUCCCCCAGUCCAGAGCAACAAUCCAUCAAGCCACUUUGACAUCCUGCCCCCCCACCAGCCUCACCCUAUCCUGGGGGGAGUUUUCUACCCUGCCACCCCACCCUGCUGGACCUUGGCACUGUCCACACCAUGAUGACAGUGUCCAAGUGGUGCUGACUACCUGAGCGCCCAGGGCAGGGUCUGACUUUUUAUCUACCAGGGCAGGACUUGGCCCAGAGCCAAGAAAGCCAGGCGAGGACUUAUCUAGGAGGACUCAGGAUGGGUCAUAUACCGUUCCCAUUCACAUACCAU